AUGAGGGGUUCGUUGUUACAGCCCCUUGCACAAUUUGUGGACUUUGAUUUACAACCAUUGGUGAAAACUAUGAAGUCGUACGUACAAGACUCUAAUGAUUUUAUUACACGGAUUACAAAACUCGAUAACAUUGAUCGAUCUGACUUGCUGGGUAAGAAACAUGCACAGAGAGUCCGUCUUUAUUUUCAAAGAAAUGAACAGGAAGAGCUGUCAAAUAAAAAGCAGAAAUUAGAUCAUAUUAAUUUUCAGGUGGAUGGAGGUGGUGCGUUCGAUAAAAACAAAUUUUGCAGCCUCUGCAAUAUGGUCUUUAGCUCACCGGUUGUUGCUCAGUCACAUUAUGUGGGGAAAAUCCAUGCCAAAAAACUUAGACAGUUACCUGGAGAAAACAUUCAGGGACUUUCACAGACUGAUGAGAUGCCAUCCCCAGUAGUGUCACAGCCUCCUAACACAGCUGUCCCACCUGUGACAAUGACCAGCCAUUCCCAGACCUUUGUUUUAAGUCAGGAGGAUCUGAACUCAGAGCAGCCCUCUUUCCCGGACAAUGAAGCAGAUCUAAGUGACCCUGACAAGUAUUGUAAACUCUGCUGUGCUUCAUUCAAUAAUCCAUUGGUGGCACAACAGCACUAUAAUGGAAAAAAACAUGCGAGGAAUGAGGCUCGGAGGAAAAUGAUGGAAGAGUUGGAGGAGACUGGUGUUCCCAUGGAGGCAAAUGGAUGUGAUGGAAAAUAUGUGUGUCCAAUCUGCAGUGUUUCCCUUACAUCAAUUGAAAUGUACCAGUCUCACAUGCAAGGGAAUAAGCAUCUGACUAAAGAAAAUAUGGUGGCCAAUUUAAUGAAAACUUCUAAGAAGAAUUAUGAUUCUUUUCAAGAUGAAUUGGCUGACUACAUUAAAGUUCAAAAGGCAAGAGGCCUAGAGCCAAAAACCCAGUUUAGGCAAGAAAAAGAUCAGACUGAUAGCUGUGAAUAUGAGGAGGAAGAGGAGUUUAAUAGCAGAUCUCCACGAGAACAUACAAAACAAGGUGCUCCUUACAAAAAUUUUGAUCCCCAUUCCACAAAUUAUCCAGCAUACAAUACCAAACAUCCGGCAGUUAACAGGGUACCAGCUUGGCCAUCACAAUGGGAAAAAGUUUACAGAUCUCACAAUCCAGACAAGGGUCAGUUUAUUAAUAUGCAAAAAGUUCAUCAUAGAGCCCAUACUCCAUCGAGUCUGGAUUCCAGUGAUGACCACAAAGGGUCAUCCUCAGAUGAAAGUAGUGACUCCCACAGAAAAGACAGAAAACAUAAAAGGAAGCACCGCAAAGAGAGUCGACACAGAGGUGUUGAGAAAUUCAAAAGGGAGGAUGAGAGUGUAGAGAGGAAAAAAAGAAAAAUUGAGGCUGAUAAAUUAGAAAGUGAAAAAGCAAAGAAAGAGACAGAGCCAUCUGACAAAUCUAAACACAGAAGAGACAAGAAAAAGAAAGAGGAACAGACUGUUAAAGACAGCAAAAAACACAAGAAGGUCAAAAAGGAGGGGGACCAAAGAACAGAAGAAGAAAUUCUCUGGGAUGAAUCUAUUCUGGGAUUUUAAAAUCAUUGGGAGGUGUGGAAUGGACAAAAUUGCAACCUAUCCUUAUUCAACUUUCAGAGGAGAAUAACAUGUAUAAUGUUCUUGAAAAUGAUCAGAGAUAUGGGUUUAGUAGGAAAAUGACUCCCACUGUCUGGAUAUAUUCCAUUUUAGAAAUAUAUUAAUCAUACUGUGAAAGAGACCUAACAGAGGAAGGGAUGUGGCAGUAUGAAAUUUGCAUUGUGUUUUGUAGAGCUGUUUUCUUAAGUUAUUUUAAUUAUUAUUUUUGUUUGAUCAACAUUUGUUCUCUCUUGGUUGAUUUUUUGUUUCUAGUGAAAGACUGUAGAAACUGGUAUUUUUUUCCUACUACCCACAUUUUCUUUAUGACCUGUUCUGCCUGCUGCUAUAUAAAAAUUAAUAUUACAAGAGAAAAACAUAUAUAAUUUUGAUGUAAACUCUAAGUGAGUAACUUUUCUAUCAGUAAAAUAACCAUCUAGACAUUUAUUUGUCCAAUUUACUUUUUAUACUCAAAUAAGGGUCUGUCUAUUUUAUAUUCUGUUACUAAUGAGGUUGUAUAUAUAAAGUAUUGACAGAUGAGAAAAAAUCUAAAUCCUACCUCUAAA